AUGGACGGCGUAGAAGAAAUGACGCUUGAUUCCCAAGAUAUCGCCCAGGAAACCCCCGCCUCAGACGUCUUCAAAGCGCCCUCGAUCCACACGCCGUCCCUUCUCGCCGGCGCCUCAUACACACACUACUCCCCCAUCCCCUCCCUCCUUGCCAACAACACCUCUACAGAAUGCGUUCUCGGUGUCGACGAAGCCGGUCGCGGCCCAGUACUCGGCCCAAUGGUCUACGCCCUCUUCUACCUUCCUCUCCCGUCCGAACGACCCCUCCUCGCCGACACGCACCACUUCGACGACUCCAAAGUCCUGACGCCCGCCGUACGUAGCAGUCUUAUGGAGAAGCUAUGUACACCCGGCAGCGAUCUUCAUCAGACCUGCGGGUGGGCGACGCGCGUUAUCUCUGCGCGAGACAUCUCGUCCGCCAUGCUCUCAGCCGUGCCCUACAACCUCAAUGCGCAGGCCAUGGACGCGACGGUCGACUUGAUCAAGGGUGUAUUUGCGCGGGGCGUCAAUGUCAAGGAGAUAUACAUCGACACAAUCGGGCAGCCAGCAGCGUAUCAGAAGAAACUCGAACGCAUAUUCCCUGCUAUCAAGAUCACAGUGGCUAAGAAAGCGGAUUCGCUCUACCCGUGCGUGUCGGCAGCUUCGGUUUGUGCGAAGGUCACGAGAGAUGCGGCGCUCGAGGUGUGCUAUGAAUCAUACAGCGAGGGUGAUGUGGCGGCGGAGGGGUGGGGAAGUGGAUAUCCGUCUGAUGCGAGGUGUACGACCUGGCUCAAGAAGAACAUGGACCCAGUGUUUGGAUGGGGGAAUGAGUGUCGUUUCAGCUGGGGCACAGCGAAAGAGCUACUUGAGGCCAAAGGCGGGAGCUUGAAGGUCGAGUGGCCGGUCGAGGGAGACGAUGAGGGGAUGAAGAUGACUGACUUUUUUGCGGCCGCCCAAGAGGAGGAAGACGGCGAUGAGCUGUCAAACUGGUACGGGAGUAGAGUUACCGCCGAAGUGUUUUGA